GGGACAAGGAGCGGGGCAAGGAGCGGACCGGGCAUGGCGCUGCCUCCGCCGCCCUCCUGAGCGGGGCCAUCGGCUCCGGCACCGACCCCGGCACCGACCCCCAGCUCGGCAUCGCCCGGGCAAUGGCGAACCUCACAAUCCCUCCAGACUGGACCAGAGUCACCAACAGCUCCUUGGACCCAGGUGGCACAGAUGACAACCCCUACAAGUGCAUAUUUGAUGAGGACUUCAAGUACGUCCUGCUGCCCGUCUCCUACGGCAUCGUGUGCGUGGUGGGGCUCUUCCUCAACCUGCUGGCCCUCUACGCCUUCAUCUUCAGGAUCAAGACCUGGAAUGCCUCCACCACCUACAUGUUCAACCUGGCCAUCUCAGACACGCUCUACGUGGUGUCACUGCCCCUCCUGGUGUACUACUACGCCAUGGGGGACAACUGGCCCUUCAGCGUGGGCCUGUGUAAGAUAGUCCGCUUCCUGUUCUACACCAACCUCUACUGCAGCAUCCUCUUCCUGCUCUGCAUCAGCGUCCACCGCUUCCUGGGCAUCUGCUUCCCGCUGCGCUCACUGCAGUGGGGGCACGUCCGGCACGCCCGGCGCGUGUCGGCGGCCGUGUGGGCGGUGACCGUGGCCUGCCAGUCGCCCGUGCUCUUCUUCGUCACCACCAGCACCAAGGGCGACACCAUCACCUGCCACGACACCUCCAGCAAGGAGCUCUUCGGCCAGUUCGUCAUCUACAGCUCGGUGAUGCUGGUGCUGCUCUUCUGCAUCCCCUUCCUCACCAUCAUCGUGUGCUACUGCCUGAUGGCGCGGCGGCUGCUCCAGCCCACGCGCGGCAUCUCCCGCCUCUCCCGCUCCAAGAAGAAGUCGGUCAAGAUGAUCAUCAUCGUCCUGGUGGUCUUCAUCGUCUGCUUCCUCCCUUUCCAUGUCACUCGGACCCUGUACUACUCCUUCCGGAGCUGGGACCUGAGCUGCCAGACCCUCAACGCCAUCAACCUCGCCUACAAGGUGACCCGGCCCCUGGCCAGCACCAACAGCUGCCUGGACCCCAUCCUGUACUUCUUGGCGGGGCAGCGCUUCAUGAAGUUCAGGGGGAACAACGUGCUGGGGAAGCCCCACAAUGAGGUGGCGCUGGGCAUCGUGCCCAACAGCCACCUGGGAACCAGCAACGACACAGACACGUUAUCCAAGGAUCUGAAAUCCUAGAAAGCCUGGCUAUGCUCCAGCAGCAGAAGGGUUUAUCCCAGGGGUGGAGGGAGCUCAGGAUGCUCUGAGGCCUUAGGCUUUGGGUGUUUGUGGUGCCUGGCAGAGCACCUGCUCCAGCGUGGACCGCAUUCAACGUGCUCCUCUGCUUGUUGCUGUUCCAAAUGUAUAUUUUUCAGGAAGAUGAAGCUGUGGUUCCACACACAAACCCUGGACCUCUGCCCCUUCAUCCAAACCUGCCCCUCUGUUGGGGCAUCUCCCCACCCGUGAGGCUGGGUGACCGAAUCUGCUAAAAAAAUCACGCCCUGAAUGCCUUAAAGCAUUUUUUUUAAAGUAAAAACGCUGUGUGGGAAAGGCCCCCCCGAGGAAUUCCACCUGCCUGUCUCCAGAUCUCCUGGCACAGAGGCAACAGGAGUUUCUCUGUGCCUUGGCAAGGGAGGAAAGGCUUUGGGUCCAUGAGGAGCUGUGGUUCUGCUAAAGAGGUUCAUGAAAAUGUCAGGUGCAAAUAUCACUGGGAGCGGGAAAGAGUCUCACAGGGCUUUGCAUCCCUGAAGAAAUGCUCUCCCAGCUUCAAGCCCAGGCACCUGCUGGCAAAGCUGAGAGGGGACUCCUAGUUCCUGUCCAAGGGCUGGCUUCCCAUGAACAAGGGUGCUGAUUGACCUUCCACCCCACUGGAAUUCGCUGGCACCAUCAAGCAGAUCCCUUGUAGGUUUGUCCGGUGGGACCAACAUCUUCCAAAAAACCCAUUAGCACUUCCCAACAGCAAUGUUCGUCCUUUAAAAGCUUUUAGGAACCUUUUGGACCUUCCUUCCACCUGCUGACUUUAAUAAUCACCUCCAGCUCAUUAAAAUUUAAGGUGGGCUCUUCAUGGCUUGUUUUUAACCCCCUCACUGGUGGCUCAUGUUUCCAGCCAAGGGACAAAGCCCAGUGUUCAUCCCCUUGGUGCUGCCACUUCCUCAUUGCUGCUCAGAGGUGACCUUUAGCAGCUUGGCAUGACCCAAAAUGCUGCCCAGAUGCUGCUGUCUGGUCUCCCCAUAAUCCCAGUAUUCCCAGUGCUCCGCUGGAACCGGUCAACAUAUCCCUUACAGACAAGGUAGACCUUCCCUAGGAACUUUGACAGUGCUAAAGCCUGGCUUGAGGAGCCACACCGGUAAGCGUGGUGCUAAGCUUAACCCAAAUCCUGUCUGGAUUUGGCCUUGCAUAUCCCUCAUCAACCAGGACAGUUCAAAGGAAGAAAACCUCCACAAAACACUUCACCAGGAGGUCCACUUGGUCUUCCCCUCAGUAAUUGUUGGGUCAGAGAGCCAAGAGCCCCAGUCCGUGGUUUCCUUGCCGCGAGGGUGCUGAUUCCUCACCCCAAAAAUGAAAAUUGCUUCGUGCCGCAGCACUGGACGAGUCACAUUUUGUAAAAGCUCUAUUUUGGGAUUAGACAAACACGUUUGAUGUUGGUUUAGACCAAAACCUCGGAGCACUCCUCAGCUUCUCCCAUUCCCCUUUCUUGUGAAGUGGUUUGGUGGAGGCAAAGGCACAUCGCGGUUCUGUGGGAUUGGGGUGACUGGGACGGGUCAGGGUUAACUGGGAGGUUCCUGCGGUCCCACCUCAGCAGAGUCACAGUCCCAUGGAGGGGUCUCAUCCCACCCAGCACUGCCACAACCACAGGAGGCAAAGGAGGGCUCUGUGUCACCUCUGAGAACCAUCAGCAAAGGCAAAUGGGACAUUUUUAGGGUGGUUCACCCCACACUUGAGUGUCCUUCAGGCUCAGAUUGGGUUAAGACACAACUUGCACCGUGGCAGCACCUUUUUUCCCUGGGGCCUAUGGAGGGAACUUGGCUUUGUGGGGAGGUCGUGGCGCGGUCGCCAGGGCGAGACAAAUCGCUGGGAGAAAUGAGGAGAAACGAAUUCAAGGGGAGCACUGAACUGGGACAAACAUUACUGCAGGCCAGGUCUGGCCUGGGCUCCUGCACUCGCCCAAAAGCAGCGCCAGCACAGAGUUCUGUACUCGGAAUAAUUCAACAAAAACCUGCUCAGAACUCCAAAAAUGGGCCCAAAGUUCCUGCAGGCCCACUUGGAGACCCCAUGUUUUGAUGCCCAGCUGGCAUCAAACCACCCCCCUCGGGCAACACAGCCAGUCCCAUCAGGGAUGUCCUCUGUCAUCCUGAUCCUGAUCCCCAAGUGCCACUGAGCAGUUGGAGAGGUACCAACUGGAAAUCUGUACCUAGAAACAUUUUUUUGUUGUUUGUUUGUAAAAGCACUAACUUAUACUAAAAAAAAAAGAAAAAAGGUGAGUUUUAUGACAAUGUGACUGUACAUUUUUAUUUUUGUAACAUGCAAACACCUCGGAUUUCUGAUAGUAAAUGAGUUUAUUUCUAUGA